AUGUUUAAUCCCCGAACUUUAGAUAUUCCAGCUGUGAUUUUUGACAAUGGAUCAGGGCUAUGUAAAGCUGGCCUGUCAGGAGAAAUUGGUCCAAAACACAUCAUUCCUACAGUUAUUGGCUGCCCCAAAACAAAUAUGUCAUUGUCAGGAGCAGCUCAGAAGGACUGCCAUGUGGGAGAAGAAGCCCAGCACAAACAAGAUGUGUUGUCUUUGAAGUAUCCCAUUGAACAUGGUAUAGUUACAUCUUGUGAUGAUAUGGAGAAGAUCUGGAAGCAUAUCUAUGAGCAUGAAUUGGUACUGAAAGCCUUUGAGAGGCCUGUGCUAAUGACUGAGACCUCUUUGAACCCAAUGGAGAAUCGAAAAAAACUGACUCAGCUGAUGUUUGAACGGUUUAAGGUGCCUGCUUUCUACCUCUCUGUCCAAGCCAUAUUGUCCCUCUAUGCCUCAGCACGCAUCACAGGACUGGUCAUAGACAGUGGAUUUGGUGUUACCCAGACGGUACCAGUCUACGAAGGGUACCACUUACCCCAUGCUGUCUCCAGGUUGGAUGUUGCAGGCAGAGAGAUCACAGAACUCCUCGCAAAGCUCCUGGUGGAAAGUGGGCAACGCUUUGAGAGCCUGGCGAAGAAGAAGAGUAUCAUAGAGGACAUCAAGGAGAAGUUGUGCUACGUGGCUCCAGAUCCACACAAAGAAUUAGCCAAGAGGCCAGAGGAGGUCCUGAAAGAAUAUAAACUGCCUGAUGGGACUCUAGUCAGUAUUGGCAGCCCACUCUUUCAAGCACCAGAGAUUCUCUUUGCUCCAGGUAGCACUGGUGACGAUGCACCAGGCCUUCUUAGGAUGAUCUCUCACAGUGUUUCAAAGUGUGACGUCAAUAUUCAGAACACUCUCUACGGGAACAUGGUGCUGUCGGGUGGUUCGUCCCUCUUUCAUGGGCUGGAUGAGAGGAUUUUUAAGGGACUAGAACAGCAGGUCCCCAAAGGGGUUCCUAUAAAGAUCAUAGCGCCCUCAGACAGGUGGUUUUCUGCAUGGAUCGGGGCUUCUGUAAUUACUUCCUUGACCAGCUUCAAGCAAAUGUGGAUCACUGCAGCUGAUUACAAGGAUUUUGGACCAAACAUUGUCCAAAGAAGAUGUUUUUAA